CAGUAUGGGGGAAUCAGCAUCCUGCAGCGGGAUGGACGGUCUGAAAUGCGUGGCUGGUGAUCAGAUCCAGGAGGCUGAACUUGUAUCACUGCUUGAUGGACCAAACCAAAGUCAAGCCAGUGGAAGCAAAAUGAUCAAUGUGAACCUCGUGGAUGUUGCAGUGGAGAAUGUCCAUCAAGUAUCGUGUACACCUGAAGGAAGGAGGAGUGGACGAAAACACAGAAAGAGAUCCUUUUCCCCUGAAGUUGAAACUAUGGUCAGGCAGAAGGCAAGACGGAAGAUUAACUUGCUGAUAUCAAAAUCAGGGAAAAGGGCAGGAGUGGAAUUCUGCUGUGACAUCUGCAAAUCUCCGUCUAUCACGAGCCCCAGUCGUCGUGGCAACAGGCUGAGACGGUCAGGUUAUACAGCAUCGCCACGCUGGAAACGUGACCCAGAGACAGGAAAAAUGCUGAUGCUGUGUAACGCAUGUGGGUUGGCGUUUGGCAGAUCCCGGGGUCCUCACUCAUCCUGCGCAGGUGCAGACGCUGAUGAACGCAGAAAACAUCAGGAAGCCCUUGUAGCCUUUGCUGUAUCAAUGACCGAGCUGCUGGGAGACCAAGAUGCCAAGAUGCUGUGCUGUCCUCUGUUUGUGAAGAAACCUUGUCAGUGUCUGCAGAACUACAUCAAAAAGACAGGGGUUGAACAGAGUGAAAGUCGGCAUCGAGCUGUGAAUCUCCUCCAGCUGCUGAAGGAAGCCAGGCAGCUCAGUUUGUUGAAGUGCUACGAUGAAAACCAAGUAGAGCAGCUAGAAAAACCUCAAAAAAGGUGCAUAGGAUUGGGUAAUGGUCAGCGGAAGUCAAAAGCGUAUGAAGAGUUUGUGCUAAAGCAUCGCUUGGUGUUGAAAAAUGAAUUGAAGUUGUGUGAACGUGCUACUCAACGUAUCCUGGGCUACUCCAAUAACUUUCUACACAAAAGAUUGAAAACUGAUCCUGAGAAAGGAAAACGAGUUAAAAGGACUAAAGGGAAGGGAGCCCUGGGACUGCUGAAACCUAUUGCCGAACUUGUGAAGGAGCGAUGUUGCAUGGACAAUUGUGUCUCGAUGGCACACACUCAUGGGCAUUUGCUUCACGUUUGGAGGGAACGUGCCUCAAAAGGACAGGCUGAUGCACGUAGAGCCCUAGCAGAGAUGUUGACGCCUUCAGGUGGCUCACAUUCGAAUUGCUACAAGUUCAUCAGCUGGGUGACAGGCUGCAGUCACAGCACCAUUAGCCGAGUCAACGAGCAGAUGAGGAGGACAGGAGGUUCUGUUACAAGUCCAGCAACAACAAAUCGAAGCUCUGAAGAAACAGGUUCAGCUCCUUCAGCAGCAACAACUGCAGCUGCAGGCUGUUCAGUGCCAAAUUCAGCAAGACCAGCAGAGAAACCAACAACUCAGUACUGUACAGCUGUUAGAUUGUGGGACAGUUGAUGGUUUGGUCUGUAACCAGUCGGACGCACAGCAAGAAGUCAUGGCCCACCUGCAACAUUCUCCUAUUCAGAAGAACUCUUUGACUCGGUGCUACAGCACAGAAGAGCAAUCCCGGAAACAGCUGGGCCCUUCCAACCUUCAGCAAGCAGUGCAGCUGAUCACAGUAACUGAGGAUUGUCAGACACCAACAGUACGAGUGCACAGAUAGGUUGUGACUCCACAGUACCUUACCUUCUCUUAACAACUGUAGCAGAAAGUGUCUUCUCCUGACCCACGCCCAGCGAUGAGGUGGCUUCCCACGGCUCACAAUGGCAGUAUUGGCCUGGUGCCCGGAGGGGCAGUCUUCCGGUGUUACAGUCUUGUCCAGGAGGGGGUGAUCUCGGACUGGAGAGUCAUUCUUGGCCUGGCGUGGAGGUCUUGUUCCAUCGUGGAAGUCUGUUUCUGGGUAUGCCUGCAGCCUGGCAUCAUCGUCAGUGUGGUCUCAUCCUUGCUGCGGAAGUGGCUUCUGGGUCCUCCAAUAGCCCAGCGUGGAGGCCUCGGCAGGGUAGGCAGUCUCAGCCUGCCUCUGUGUGACAGUUUUGGCUGGGUUUUCCAGCAUACCCUGAACUCCGGAGUCAAUAAUUAAAUUGUGAUGAACUUUUACUUUCCUUUUCUUAUUGACCU